AUGCUCUACACCCAUGCCACCAUCAUCACGGUGGAUGCCUCGCGACGCAUCAUCGAGGACGGGGCGAUCCGCGUCGACGGCCCUGUCAUUGCGGACAUUGGCAAGACGGCAGCCCUGCAACAGAAGUAUCCCCACGACGAGCAAUAUGACCUGACCGGCCGCAUCGUCAUCCCCGGCUUGAUCUCGACGCAUAUGCACACUGCCCAGACGUUGCUCCGGGGCACGGCCGACGAUCUGGAACUGGUCUCGUGGUUGUGUGAGCGGAUCUGGGUCCUGCAGGGCAAUUUCACCGAAGAAGAUGGCUACGCUGCUGCUCGGUUAUCGAUUGGGGAAAUGUUGAAAUCGGGCACCACCUGUUUCUUGGAGAGUAUGUUCGCCAACCGGUACGGUUUCGAUGGAUUGGCUCGUGCCGUCGAGGAGAGUGGCAUUCGCGGCUGUUUGGGUAAGAUUGUCAUGGAUAUUGCCAAAUAUGCCGAGGACGACGCCUGGGCCAUGUAUCCCGGCCUGGUCGAGGAUCGUGAAACCUCGCUGGGGGGCACCCUGAAGAUGUGGGAGAAGUGGAAUGGCAAAGCCAACGACCGCAUCCGCGUCUGGUUUGGCGCAAGAACCCCCGGAGGCGUGUCCGACGCCCUCUACAAAGAAAUGACUGCUCUCUCGCGUGAGAAAUCCAUCCCCAUCACUAUGCACUGCGCCGAAGUCAAGGCCGACCGCGACUUCUUCGCCUCCGUCUCCCACACGCCCAUGUCCUACUGUGAGUCCGUCGGUCUGUUGUCGCCGUCCACCGUGCUCGUCCACAUGGUGCACCUCGAUGACUCCGACAUCCGCCGGCUGGCAGCCUCGGGCACCCACGUCGCCCACUGCCCGACAUCCAACGCCAAACUGGCCUCGGGGAUCUGUCGCGUCCCCGAUAUGCAGGCGGCCGGUGUCAAUAUCGGUCUGGGCACGGACGGCGCUCCUUGCAACAAUACCUGCGAUCUGCUGCAGGAGAUGAAGUUGGCGGGCAUCAUCCACAAGAGCAUCUCGUACGAUCCCACGGCUGUGCCUGCCGAGACCGUCCUGGAGAUGGCCACCAUCAAUGGUGCCCAAGCGCUGGGUUUGCAGGAUACUAUCGGGAGCCUGGAGAUCGGGAAGAAGGCGGACUUCGUCGCGGUUGACAUGCGCGGCAUCCAUUCCCAGCCUUGGUUUAACCCGGUCAGUGCCAUCGUGUACACGGCCACUGGGCGGGAUGUCGACUUGGUCGUCGUGGACGGCCAGGUUGUGGUCCAGGACGGCAAACUGCUAACGAUGAACGAGACGGAGAUUGUCGAGGAGGCGAAGCGGCGGAGUCGCGAGGUUGUGGCACGGGCAGGCUUGACGGACAAGGUGAAGUCCCGAUGGCCGGUCGUGUAG